AUGUUCCAAUACGAGUACGAAAAGCGUGCGUCGACUACACGUGAGACGCCCGUUCGGUCGCACGAGUACUACGCGCGCCGGCCUUUGCCCCCCAGACCGGAAUGCGACUCUUUGCCUGCUAAAACUAGUGUGCCGCUGAAAGUGUGGGUCAUCGCUGGCGCAUCGUGCUUUGCUGUGUGCGCGAUUCUUGUACUUGCUACUGUUGUGAUCACGCGGUGGGGGACCACCGAGACUUAUACCACUAGAGAGAUUUAUGAAGCACCCGAACCAAUAUAUUUCCCUCAUCCACAAUCCACGGAAUCAACAGACGAAUUACAAUAUCCUAUAUUGGAAAAACUAUCGAUAUUCAAAAAUAUAGUCGCAAAUCGAAAUCCCGAUCUAGCAUCCAAACCGCAAAUCCACCCACUCCACGACACAACUUUACACCACGCGGAGAAAAAAAUCGAAAAGAAAGACAAGCCCAAAGCAAUACCCGAAUUCAAACCAACACUACCAGACAUAUUCACCAACAAACAUAUAAAGCUCUCCGACGGCUACAUAGACUUAACAUAUGAAGAUUACUACAACGACGAAAAUUUAUACGACGAUUACAUGCAAAGCAAUACAAUGACAAGUUACUUGAUAGAAAAAGUUCAAGAAUUGUACGAAUGGAUAAAUUCUGACCCCACAUUUGUUAAGAAGGAAAAUAGUAAUUUCGGUGAGAUAUUGAAAGCCCUAAAUGACAGUUUAAUUGAGGGAAAUGUGACGAUUGUGAUGAAGAAGCUGAGGGAUGUUUACUUCGGUGAUAAUUAUACUGUGGUGAAUAGUGGAAAGCCGAUUUUGAAGAAUAGCACCAGCUUGCUCUCGUUUGGGAUUUUGACGUUGGAUGUCAUGUUGUUGCAUAAUAUACAGCUGAUGGCUUGGGAGAAUCAGGAAGGAUCCCGUAACAAAAUGCUCAAGGAUCCAGAUGUGUUCGCUUUUAACGCACUGUUCAUGGAACCUAGUAAGGUGGAGGCGAAACAGAACGAAGUGCUGCAUUAUUAUGAAAAUAGUAAACGCCAAAACGCACGUCAAGACUCUGAUGAUGAGAAGAAUUUACUUGAAAACGUGUUGGAGAUCGGAAUGAGUACCGCCAGGGCCGCCAUACAUUUGGGACGGGCGUAUAAGAAUACAAAAAUGGUGUUAAACCAACUGUCAAACCGCGAGGCGGUUGAUACCAACAUUCAAAAUCAAAUGUCCCGCAAUAUCGACGCCAACACGCACGCGCUUAACCAUCUACAAACGUCAUUUAAUGACAGUUCCAGUGUUGCCAGCAGCUAUUACACAGAUUUGGACUGCGUUUGGCUUUUGUAUUGUAAGAAUUUAGUUGCUACGUCAAAAUUAAAUCCACCUUACGGGACUAUGGCGAGGAUUAAUGGUUUAGCCCUAAGAAUGUUAGCCGGUGAACUGGUAGCAGACCGGGCGCUGGACACAAUGCUGUAUGAAGCACUGACUGGCUGGACGGAGUUGAGAUGUGCUGAUAUGUUUCCAAAGUGCAGCAAAUCCAAUGCGGCUGGGGUCGUUUUAGAUUCGAUAUUACAGCCGUUGAGAAAAACUAAAAAUUCUACGUAA